AUGAGAGGAAGAACCGGUAAGUGGACUAUUAGAACAAUAUUUCACUUUUCGACUUUGCUGCAGCAGCAGCCGCCAAAGACUGCUCUGCAGUCAGCGGAAAAACACGAGAAGUCGGAGGAGUCUGCUUUCAAGCAGCCGGCCCCAUCAACAUCACGGGAGCCAGUUGUCCGUCUUACACGGACACCGCUACCAGUGUCCACGACACUGAGCGACACGGAAGGAACGGAGAAAUCAAUCAGGAGUCGCAGUUCAUCCUGUUCAUCCCAGAUGACUGUAGACUCCUGUAUAUCGGACGGGACUGGACGCAAACGUCCUCGCUCUUCGGAGCAAAUAGUUUCGGACGAGUCAGAUGACUCUGGUGAGACCACCACGACUCCGGCAAAGGUGUUAGCUGGAGAAAGACGUGGUAGAGGCCGCCCCCCAACCACUGGUCAGUAUGUUGGAGUGGGCAAAUUACGAGCUGAGGCAAAAGCGGCCAGAGAGCGUCAACAGAUGCUUGAUACAGAAGACGAGACUGUGGAAAUCGCAACAAAAGCGAGACCACCUCCAAGACCGAGAGAUAGCCUUGAUGAUCCACCGGAGGAGGAUGUGGACAGGAUGGCGACAUGCGAGGUGCUCCAGCGGGGCAUGGAUGGUGUCGCAGUUAUUCUUGAAGUCGCUGCGAAGUCGGGCAACCUGAAAGGGACUGCUAUCAAAGCCCUUAAGGACGCAGCGGCUUUAAUUACCAAAAUGUUGGGAGGGCUUUACGAACGCAAUACAAGCGAGGACGCGAAGCUGUUGGAAAAUCGCUUCCAAACAACAGCGACGGAGCUCAAACGCGCCAAUGCCGAAAUCACUCGGAUCUCCGCAGAAAACAUCAAACUGCGUGAGGACUUGGGAGGUCUGCGGCGAGAGCUUGAGCUUGUCCGUGAGGAGCUCAAACGGACUAAGAAUGUUCCCUCGGGGUCUGCCGGUCGGGAGCGUCGCCCGACCACCGUGGGUGACAUGUCUGUGGAAGAGCUCCGGCGGCUUAUAAUAGACCAGGCAGGCACGAUGGUGAGCGCCCGUAUUGAAGGGCUUGCCCGCCGACUGCCUCCGGAGGAGCGAUUGAGACCGCCUCUCGAGGCAGAUAAAAGGAGAGCACAAGCAGGGAGCUCAACGGAGCCUAUUGCGGGGCCGUCGACUGAUGCCCCUAUAACAUCUAAGGGGCGUAAGUCGAAAAAGAAGGAGGCGAGAAAGGCGAGGGCCAACGCUCAACAAACGACGCAACCCGCUCCUCCCAACCCCUCUGCUGAGGAGGACUGGGUGACAGUUACCAAGCGGGGAAGAAAGACCAAAACUGCGCCGAAGGGUAACCCUCAACCAUCAAAGGGGCCCUUAAUGAAGGAAUCGGCACAUAAGCCUAAAAAGAAGGUCAGGCUCCGCCCGCCUAAAUCGGGUGCUGUGGUACUCAAACUACGACCCGAGGCAAUAGAGCGAGGCGUGAGCUACUCGGAGGUACUAACUGGCUGUAAGGGGAAAAUUGACCCGGCUAUUACUCGAGGCGGCUUCCAAUACAGGUCAGCGGCAACUGGCGCUCGCCUCAUUGAGGUCGCGGGCGAAGAUAUUGAAGAGCGGACGGAGAAGCUGCUUGAGCGCAUAAAAGAGCUAGUGGAUCCAGAGGUAGUGGAGGUAUUGCGGCCAAUGAAAACGGCCGCAUUCCGCAUAUCUGGAUUGGAUGAUGCGGUGGAGGCGGCAGACAUACGAGAUGCCGUCUCCAAACAAGGAGGAUGCCAACCUGACACGGUGGUAGUCAGUGAGAUCCGUCAGAGUAGACGCGGCAUGGGCACCGCAGUAGUAAGGUGUCCAAUUGCUGCCGCCAAAAAACUGACUGAGGAGGGCAGGAAGCGCCUGUUGGUGGGCUGGGUUUCGGCGGCUAUUCACAUCUUGCCGUCGAAGCCUUUGCGUUGCUACAAAUGCCAUGAGGUGGGCCAUGUUGUUGCGAAGUGCGACCGAGUCGACCGGAGUGCCUUAUGUCUCCGAUGCGGUGGCCCUAACCAUAAGGCCAAAGAGUGUACCGCUGCUCCACACUGCAUGGUGUGUGCUGCGGCUGGAACAGCGUCAAACCAUGUGCUGGGGGGCAAGUCAUGCAAGCCCCCCCAAAGGCCAAAGCGCAGGAAGACCUCCGGGCCAGCUGAGACUUCCGUUCGUUCGGGAGACAGAGGCAGAAGCCAUGGAGACUGCCGUUUUGCAAGCUGCGCUUUUGGCAGAGAUGCCACGGGAUUCAUGCGAAGUAGCAAAUUUGCCGGUUGUGGGUGGGCUCGAUCAGUAAGAGCACGUAAGUUGGCAGCGGAGGCACUGCUCGCUCGACAGCAGCUAGAACGUGAGAUGGAAUUGGAGUGGAAGCGUAAGUUAGUGGAGGACCUAGAGUUACGAGCUACUUUAGCUGCGGAUGAUGUAUCUCAUACAUCUUCUCGAUCCGCAGAUGGCCAUACGAGGUCAUGGAUCAAAAACGCCAGUAUUGAUCUAAAUCUUCGUCGCCCUCAUAGUCAACUAGCGAACGAAGAAAUCAUACCGCCUUGUGACAAUGAACCUGUCCCAUCUCAUCAUCAUGCAUCAAAAAAUACGCGUAAUGUUUCAUUUUCAAACGGGUUGUCAAAUAAUGUCAUGUCACCCAUGCCAUCGAGAAAUUCAAACAAAUUUUAUCACAACUCAUCUAAAGAGUUUAAAUCAUGUUACGAUAGGCUUAUUUCACAUAAAUGCGCGACCAAAUACUUUGACUUAAUGUUGUUUUCUGGGAAACCUGUCGAAUAG